AGCCCCGGGGUCCCUCACCUCCCCCCCUCACAUGUGGCAGUUCUUGUUUUGCAGGUGCAGCCGGGUGUGUAGCAACCUUGCUCCACGAUGCAGCCAUGAACCCUGCCGAAGUGGUCAAGCAGAGGAUGCAGAUGUACAACUCGCCUUACCAGCGUGUGAUGGACUGUGUGCGAGCUGUGUGGCGCAACGAAGGGGCUGGAGCUUUCUACCGCAGCUACACCACCCAGCUCACCAUGAACAUCCCCUUCCAAGCCAUUCACUUCAUGACCUACGAGUUCUUGCAAGAGCAGCUCAACCCCCACAGACAGUACAACCCAGGCUCCCAUGUGGUCUCCGGAGCCUGCGCGGGGGCUGUCGCGGCUGGCGCCUCGCCUUUGGACGUUUGCAAAACGCUGCUCAACACCCAGGAGUCCCUGGCCUUGAGCUCCAACAUCAGCGGACACAUCACAGGCAUGGCCAAUGCCUUCAGGACGGUGUACCAAGUGGGCGGCCUGACUGCCUACUUCAGAGGGGUCCAGGCGAGAGUCAUUUACCAGAUGCCCUCAACAGCAAUCGCCUGGUCCGUGUAUGAGUUCUUCAAAUACAUCCUCACCAAGCGCCAGGAGGAGCGGCGGGCUGGGAAGUGAGCCAGAGCCGAAAGCCGUUCCAGACCUGUUUCACCUCCCCUCCUGGUUUGUCUUCUGACCCCUCUCCCUUUCAGUUUGGUUUGUGUUGAAGAGGGGGCAGCGAUGUCGUUUGCCUGUGGCUGCUGCAGCUCUGCUCAGGCUGCAUGGCUUGCUCUCUCCCAGGGUCCUCCGAGAUGUCCCACUGGGAGCUGCAGCCUGGGUCAUGUUGCCUGGCACUUCGGUGGAGCUGUGCUCCUGUCCUUCCCUUAACCAAAGCAUCCUCUUACGCAAAGCUCAUCCCUCCUCAGAGGGGAAGGUGAAUGUCCUGCCCUGCCUCUGCCAGGGCUAAGCUGAGCUCACAGUCGCCAAGGAGGUGGCGGCAGCACUGCCUGGGAUGCUGGGGGCUUUGUCUGGCUUU